CCAGGAAGUGAGUUUUUGACUGCCAGUCAGCGUGAGGAUUUGGGAAACACAGGAUCUGCUGCUGCAGAACUCAACACAAAAAUGUUUUCUCAAAUCUUUCUACGUUCUGUCAGCAGCUUUUCUACCAUUGCACUUGAUUUCCUUUCUAGGAUAGUACGCCGGAUCCCAGUUUUGAAGAACUACAUGGAAAAUACUCAUCAGAAAACAGUGAUCUGUGCUCAGGGGAAGACUCUUCCAUGCAUUGCACCGCUUCUAACCACGGUGGAAGAGACUCCACAAGUCAUCUCAGCUCGAGUCCAGGGACAUCUUCCUGAGUGGCUCAAUGGCUAUCUACUUCGUACUGGACCUGGGAAAUUCGAGUUUGGGAAGGAUAAGUACAAUCACUGGUUUGAUGGCAUGGCUUUACUUCACCAGUUCAAGAUGGAGAAGGGCACAGUGACAUAUAGGAGCAAAUUUCUACAGAGUGAUACAUAUAAAGCCAACAGUGCUCAUGAUCGAAUUGUGAUCUCAGAAUUUGGCACAUUGGCUCUCCCUGACCCAUGCAAGAAUGUUUUUGAACGUUUCAUGUCAAAAUUUGAAAAGCCUGCAAUUACUGACAACACCAGUGUCAAUUAUGUGCAAUACAAGGGUGAUUACUACCUUAGUACGGAAACCAACUUUAUGAAUAAAGUGGACAUUGAGACCCUGGAAAAAACAGAAAAGGUUGACUGGAGGAAAUUUAUCGCUGUGAACGGAACAACUGCACAUCCUCAUUACGAUCCAGAUGGAACAACGUACAACAUGGGGAACUCCUAUGGGAAACAUGGAUCCUGCUAUAAUGUUAUUCGGGUUCCUCCAGAAAAAUCUGACCUUGGGGAGACAAUCCAUGGAGCCCAGGUGAUAUGUUCUAUUGCUCCUGAGGAGAGGAUGAAACCUUCUUACUACCACAGCUUUGGAAUGACAAGGAACUACAUCAUCUUCAUUGAACAGCCUCUAAAGAUGAAUUUGUGGAAAAUCAUCUCUUCUAAAAUUCGAGGAAAGCCCUUUACAGAUGGAAUAAGCUGGGAACCCCAGUAUAAUACACGGUUUCAUGUGGUGGAUAAGCAUACUGGUCAGCUCCUUCCAGGGAUGUACUACAGUAAACCUUCUUUUACUUUUCACCAAAUCAAUGCCUAUGAGGACCAGGGCUGUGUUGUCAUUGAUUUGUGCUGUUAUGAUGAUGGAAGAAUUUUAGAAGUCUACCAACUACAGAAUCUUAGGAAAACUGGGAAAGAGCUUGGCCAGGUCUAUAAUUCAGUAGCCAGAUCUUUCCCUCGACGGUUUGUUUUGCCCUUACAUGUUGAUUUGAAUGCCCCUGAGGGAGAGAACCUCAGCCCGUUGUCCUAUUCUUCAGCCAGUGCUGUGAAACAGGCUGAUGGAAAGAUUUGGUGCUCUUAUGAAAAUCUAUAUCCUGGGGACCUAGAAGAGGAAGGAGGUAUUGAAUUUCCCCAGAUCAACUAUGGCCAAUUCAGUGGCAAAAAGUAUCAGUUCUUCUAUGGCUGUGGCUUCCGGCAUCUGGUGGGUGAUUCUCUGAUCAAGGUUGACGUGGUGAACAAGACGCUGAUGGUUUGGAGAGAAGAUGGCUUUUAUCCCUCCGAACCUGUUUUUGUUCCGGUACCAGGAACCAAUAAAGAAGAUGAUGGGGUCAUUCUUUCUGUGGUGAUCACCCCGAACCAGAAUGAAAGAAAUUUUCUCCUUGUCUUGGAUGCCAAGAACUUUGAAGAACUGGGCCGAGCCGAAGUGCCUGUGCAAAUGCCGUAUGGGUUCCAUGGCACCUUCGUGAACAUCUGAUGAAACAGCCACAAGCCCUGAUAACUAGGUUUGAAUGAAUGUGCUCUCUACAUAAGAGAGAGCAAAAGUGUACCUUACCUUCCAAACAGUAGACAUCUACUUUUAAAAUUUCUAUUAAAAAUUGAAUUCAUGAGAUAAUUAUGGUGUUAUAUUUUCUUAGGGAUCUUCUUUGAAAACCUUAAGCAUUGAUACAACUUUAAAAGAGAGUUUUAAAUUUAUAUUUACUGGAAAUAUCUUAUGGGCAAUAAAGAUACAUGAAAGAAAAACUAGACCUGGAUCAAAAACUAAAAAUUGUCACCACCAGAUAGAUGGGUAACAGAGGUUCUCACACUUGGAAGAAGAAAUAAAAAUAAAUCUAGCUAGUAGAAUAUGAAUAUAGGUCUGAAAAAGCCCCCCCCCCCCCCUUUUCCCAUCACAGCCUACCUGUUGCUUCUAAGUACUCACAGAGGAUGUUAAAAUGGCUACUUUUCUGCUGUCCAAGCAGAUGCCACUGCAGUUGAACCAUCCACUACCACCUCUUAUCCUGCCCCCAGCUCAGGCUUGGGAGGCUGUUGUUUUGAGGGAUGUUGUUAAAAUCAGGCAUUUUUCCUAAUCUUCAGGUGUCUGGUUCCUCAGAGAUUCAUGAAAAGUUGGUAUUAGGUUGGUACAAAAGUAAUUGCAGUUUCAGACCAUAAAUUUUAAAUCAUUAUAACUAGGCUCAACACAUCUUUAUUAAUCAAAAUAGGAACCAUUACAAUCAACACAUUUUUGCCAAUGAGAAAUAAGUGUAAAAACCCAUGCUUCAGGAUUCAGUGAACUCUUGGAAAACAUUUUCUGCCUCCUGCUGGUUGUGGAAGCAUUUUCUCUGCAAAAAGUUGUUGAAAUGCUUGAAGAAGUGGCAGUCAGUUGGCAAGAGGGCAGAUGAAUAUGGUGGAUGAGACAAAACUUUGAAGCCCAGUUCAUUCAACUUUUGAAGCAUUGGUUGUGCGACCUGUGGUCCAGGAUUGUCAUGGAGAAUUUGGCCCUUUCUGUUGACCGAUACUGACUGCAGACCUUGCAGUUUUUAGUGCAUCUCACUGAUUUGCUGAGAAUACUCUCAGAUAUAAUGGUUUCACUGGGAUUCAGAAAACUGUAGUGGAUCAGACAGGCAGCAGACUGCCAAACAGUGACCAUGACCUUUUUUGGUGCAAGUUUGGCUUUGGGAAGUGCUUUGGAGCUUCUUCUUGUGCCAACCACUGAGCUGGUCAUGAUGGGUUGUUAUAUAAAAUUCACUUUUCAUCACAAGUCACAAUCUGAUUGAGAAAUGGCUUGUUGUUAUUGCAUAGAAUAAGAGAAGACUAUACUUCAAAAUAACAAUUUUUUUUUUUUUUUUUUGAUUUCUGGUCAGCUCAUGAGGCACCCACUUAUUGAACUUUUUCACCUUUCCAAUUUGCUUCGAAUGCCAAACAACUGUAGAAUGGUUAACACUGAGUUCUUAAACAACUUCUUGUGUAGUUUUAAGAGGAUCAACUUUGAUGAUUGCUCUCAAUUUGUAAUUGUCAACUUCUGAUGGCCAGCUACAAUGCUCCUCAUCUUUGAGGCUCUUGUCUCCUUUGCAGAACUUCUUGAACCACGACUGCACUGUAUGUUCGUUAGCAGUUCCAGGGCCAAAUGUGUUGUUGAUGUUGCAAGUUGUCUCUGCUGCUUUACUGCCCAUUUUGGACUUGAAUAAAAAAUCCAUUUGAAUUUA